AUCAAACGGUGAGCAGCAGCGGGGAAAAAAAAAGAAACACAGAGAGAGAGAGAGCGAGCGAGCGCUCGGGGACGCCCGUUCCUCUUCCUCCGCAAGAAACAGGCGCAAACACAACAACACAGUGGAGCCAACGGAAUCUCUCCCCAAAUCGAUCUCUCGUCUCCGGGCCGAGACCCCCCAAUUCCCAGCCCCCAGCCCCCAUUCCGGUCGCCCUGAUCCUCCCCCGCAGGCGAUUCAUCGGAGUUCGCCGCCCCUCGCGGCCCCGCCGGGUUCUCUGAUUCCGCCUCGGGGAUCUCUCCGUCGCUCGCCGACCAGCCAUGGCGCCGGCUUCGGCUUCGGCUCCGGCUUUGGACGUCGAGGGCGAGGUCGGCGGCGGCAACAACACCCAGAACGCGCUCAAGUCCGAAGACGACGGGGAGCGUUCCGUCGCUCCCGGAGGCGGUUCUGUGCCCGGUGAAUUCCGCUCAGAUGACCCGGCCACAGCUGUUUGUGAGGACGGCAUCGACUCCUCAGAUGACCCUGCCCCGGCUGUGGAUGUCAACGGCAAGGGCGACGGGGCCAAGGAGAAUCUGGGCAAGGUGCGGGUGAAAUCCGAGCCCGAGCCCGAGCACUGCGAAGGCACCGUUCUCGCCCCUUGCACCCGGCCUGCGGGUGCCGAUUUUGUGGGGAUAGCUUCCUCCUCCUAUAAGCCGCCCAUGGCGAGUCCGGACGACUCGACUGACGAGCGAGGAGGGGAUAGCACGGAGUGCUCAAGCUCGUUCGCGGACUCUGACACUCGUGAUGAGGCAGACAAUGGUGACAUGGAAGUGAAUUCUCCAUUUUCAGCUCAUGCUGAUGGCGGUCAAGCCUCCCUGAUGCCCAGAAAGAAAAAGGUAACUGCCGAGUGGAGGAAUGUCGUCCGCCCAAUGCUGUGGAGAUGUGAGUGGUUAGAGCUGCGCAUGAAGGAUCUUUUGUCUCAAGUGUCAAAGUAUGACAGCCAACUUGCUCUCAUCGAGCAGGAAAAAGAAUUGCAGAGAGCAAUAAACAAGACAAAUGGUUGUAGGCAAGAAUCUGGGAAGAACUGCAGAGACCAGGAAAAUAUUAGCAUGGAGAGGAGAAAGCGGAAAAGACAUGAAGACACUGUGGACACAUCAUUGUACCUCAAGAAGCACAAGAUAUUAUCAUACUUCUUUGGUCCGCUAUCUAUUUAUUUUCUGUUUGUAGGGAUAGUGCAUCGCUUUAUCCCAUGGUUGUCUAUGUUUUGCAGCAGGAUACUAUUCGUAAUAAUGAGAUUAUUCUUGUCUUCUACAGAUAAACAAAACAAGGGAGCUGAAGCAGAUGGCCUCUUAAUUGACGACGAUAGUCAUGGUCAAGUUGGGGAUGAUACUAGACGUCGCCUCGAAAUUGUUGGUUUGCCUGCGUCCAAGGAACAUGAUAUGGUUUCCAACCAAUUUGUGUUACAAAAAGUUCUCAUGAAAAUUGGUGGUAUCCAGUCUCGAGUUCAUCGUCUACAAGAGCGUCUUAGCAAGGCUCGUUCUAAACAAGCAAAGUUGGCAUCUUUCAUGGAUCAUGACCAGGUCAAGGUGGCUGAGAAGAGGCAAAGGAUACAAAAGCGUGCAUUCUCUCCUGAGAAUGAUCGGUAUGGUAAGCCACAGAAAAAGAAGAAGCUAAACAUUUUGCUGGAGCAGGAGGAUAGACCAACUCUGUCAGUAAAACCCACAUUGUCUAAGAGGGCAACUGAUUGUCUAACAGAAGAUCCACAGGGGAAUAGUGAAGAAAAAGCUCCAGGGAGGAGCCAGGUACAUAAGAAAGACAUCACAGUGGACCUACUCCUAGCUGUUGAAAGUUCCUUACCAAAUGGUCAUUUGGGAGAUUUGUGCAAAGAAAACACUGACGAUAUCCUCAUAGACAACCGAGGAGCCAAAGAUGGGUAUCAGCCGUUUGAGAACGCCAAGCAUCCACUGGAGAAAUUACCAUUGCUUACUGAGAAUGUUGCUAAAACUGCUCUAUCAGAAGUUGGGAAUACCUCUGAACCAGUGGAAGCCGAGAAAAAUUUGGUCCCACUGGUUAAGCAAGAAGUAAUUACUGAAAAACUGCCAGUUUUGAAGCAUGUCUACUCUGGAAAGAAACGUGGAAGGACACCCAAGACAGAAGAUAUGGGUUCUGAAGCUGCAUCCAAGAACCACAAUAAAGAGGCCUCCGAAACACCUUCUGCAAAGCAGAAAGCUCAGACCACACCCUGCGCCGAAAACGAGAAUGCUGGCUCAAAGAAGCAGAAAACCGUGGACAUUCAGUCUCCUUCAAAGAAUUCGAACCCUGGGAAUUCUUGUUCAGCUGCAGAGAAGCUGAAAAUUGGGAACUCAUCCUCAGCUGCAAAGGCGCAGAAAACUGGAAACUCAUCCCCAGCCGCAAAGACUCCGAAAACAGGGAACUCAUCGUCAGAUGGAAAAAAGCAGGCAGCUGCAAACUCAUCAUCAGCUGCAAAGAAGCCCAAAAUGGGGAACUCAUCCUCAGAUGGAAAGAAGCAGGCAGCUGGAAACACAUUCACAGCUGCGAAGUUGAAGAUAGGAAAGUCAUCCCCAGAUGGAGAGAAGCAGGCAGCUGGAAACUCGUCCGCACCUGCAAGGAAGGAGAUGAGUGAAAACAUCCACACCAAUCUUAGGAUUGAGAAAGCUAUCUUGGUGGAGGUGAACAGCAGGAGGAGUCAAAGGGUACGGAAGCCUAAGGUUUACUGAAGCAAAACCGGACUGCUCAAAUUCAGGGUAGUGUAAUUAUGGGAAACAGGUCUUGUUUAUCAAUCUAUCCCUUUCGUCUUGUUGAAGUUCAUAGCUAUAUUGACAGCGGCUUCUCGCAAAGUAAUUUAGUGUAGAUAUUCCUAACCUUUUAGUUUGGGUCACCAAACUAAAAAUAUGCUACUUAUGUAUAGUUGUUCUUUGCUGAGCUUGUGAUGCAAAUAUGCUUGCACUUGGUGUC